AAAUAAGUCAGAAACUAUUACAUAGGGCAUAACAGUCAUUUGAAAAUCAUGGCAAAAGUAACGUGAACAAGAUUACCAAACGCCGAAGACCUGCUAACUCCCGCUGCUGCUGCUGCUACCCUUUGUUCGCUGCAAACUCAUACACAAACCCUAAUUCCAUAAUUCUCUUUCUUUCUAUAUAUUCAUAUUAACACCAUUACACUUUUUUUUGGUAGCUAGAAGCGGAAUUGGAUAAUGGAGAAGAGAAAGUCUCGUAAAGAAAGUAGAAAAGAAGCUCGGUCCGCUAAAAAGCAGAAGAAGUUUGAUUCAUGGCUCCAACAUCAACAAACACAAAAAUUGCGGAGAUCAUUGCCAAAUUUAAAAUCAACACAGGCAAUCCAGUCACGGAAGAAUAGCCAAGCUCAAAGACAUGAACAUCUUCCUUCCUUAAAGUCCAGCGUUCGAGUUAAGAAAGACUUAGAAACUUUUCCACGGGUGGAUGCUUCUAAUGUGGAAAAUAGGAGUUUGAAAAGGACAGAAGGCUCAAAUAAAAAAGCAAAGACCUCUAUGGAGUCUAGUGUUGACUUGCAGGCAUCUCCACGGUUGGAAUCUUCUAAGGUGGAAAAUAGGAGUUUGAAAAGAAAGGAUGCCUCAAAUAAAAAUUCAAAGACAAUGUUUAUGGAGUACCUUGAAAUGGAAAAGAAGGGAGAAGCUACCUCUGCGGACAUAGAUUUGAGAUUGGAGAGAAGACUCGCUAAGAAACUCAAGGUGAAGAAUGAGAAAUUGCGAGGAGAUGAUGAUAUUGAUAUGUUACUUGAAGGAAUUCCUUCUGUAGUUGACUCUCAUAGUCAAUUGAGUGAAUCUCUGGAGGGUACUGAUAUUGACACUUCGCGCAAGAAACAGAAAAAGAAGUCGGUGGAUGAAGUUUUAGAUGGUAAAUUUGUUCCUGAGGAUGGGAAGUCUGAUCCUUCAUGUGUUAGCGAUGUUGAUCACGGAAACACAGAUUUACAGACCAAGCAAAAAGAGUCAAAGAAGAUGAAAAGAAAGAAAACGAAGUUUGAGGAGUAUCUUGAAACUGAAAUGCAUGGAAGGGUUAUUUCAGCAGAUGAUGAUCUGGCUUUGGAAAGAAAGCUUGCGAAGAAGCUCAAGGUGAGGGGAGGGAGAUUACAGGGGGAUGAUGAUGAAAUGAAUAUGUUAUUUGAGGGAAUAUCUUCAGUUCUAGAUUCUUUUGAGGAUGAAAAUAGUCAACUUGCUGGAGAAGUGCCUCCAAGGAGUGAUAAGAGCUCCUCAAAUGAAAGCUCUAAAGAGAAAAAAUAUAAUAAAGAAGCACAAGGAGAAGAUCAAGAGCAAGAGGGAGAGCAGAAAGCUGAGAGCACUCUAUACUGUACAGAUUCGAAGGCACCAGCUGGUGCCUUUGAAGUUUUAUCUGCUGGAUCCGCUGCCAAAGGAAAUGGAAAAUAUGUUGCUCCGCACCUGAGGUCACGCCUCAGAAGUGAAUCAGAAGAGCAUGCUCAAAUUCGUCGACGACUAAGAGGUCUUCUGAAUAGGAUGUCCGAGGCUAAUGUUGAAUCGAUCACAAGUGAAAUUUCCACGAUCUACCAGGCUGUUGGUCGAACUUUUGGUUCUCAGAUUAUCAGUGAAGAGGUUUUGGCAUCAUGUUCUAGAGGUCCUCGUGGCAAUGAACAGUAUGCAGCAGUUUUUGCUGCUUUUGUUGCUGGCAUGGCAUGUUUGGUUGGGAUGGACUUUGGCGCAAAACUUCUGGCAUCUCUGGCUCAAUGUUUCGAGGAUGAGCAUCUGAAUGAAGAUAACCUGUCUGUUAGGAACCUGACGCUUCUGCUCUCGUACUUGUACACUUUUGGAGUUUGCUCAAGUGACUUGAUAUAUGAUUUCCUGGUGACGUUGAGCAAGAGAUUGACAGAAGUGGAUGUUUCUACCAUAUUGACAGUUCUACAAGCUUGUGGGAUGAAAUUGAGAGGUGAUGAUCCCGUUGGCAUGAAGAACUUUAUAGUUAGCGUUCAGAAUAGGGUGAAUGAAGUGAAAACUUCAUCUGGAGAAGGGCAAUCAAACACUAUCGGGAAAAGGAUGGAGUUCAUGCUUGAGAUGAUAUGUGAUAUCAAAAACAAUAAAAAAAGGACCAAGGAGGAUACCUUGCAGCUUACCCGAAUAAAGAAAUGGCUACAAAAGGUGCUUGUUGGAUUCAGCUGUUUUGGAUAAAUAAUUAUCUAUUGGCACAUUUUAAUCAUUUGAUCUUGGUGCCCUUUGUAUUGAGCAUUUCAUCUAUCUUAUAAAUUCUUUUUUUGAUGAAAAAGGUAAAUGAUUUUAUUAAAGAGUGUACUAAGAAGGUAACCAAAAAGAUUACGGCAGAGAAGCUUUCCUUCUGUAUGUUGAAGGAAGGCAAAAGAUCUAACAUAGAGUUCAUAUCAGAUACAAUAUGCUUCCUGCACCAUAAGUAAAGACUCUUUAAACGUAUAGAUUCUCUCCUACCAUUAAAACAUCUGUUGUUCUUUCCUGUCAGAUAUUCCAGAAAAUGCAAGUAGGAAUUGCUUUCCAAUAUAGUCUUAUGUCCUUAGUUGAGUACUGCUCAUACCAGCUACUUACAGCAAGUUUAAUGCACCCUGGCAUGACCCACUGAACUCCAAAAAUGGCCAUAAAUUUGCCCAAAUCUGCUUAGUAAAGGUACAGUGGAGCAAAAGAUGAUUCAUAACCAACUAUCAUAAUUUCCUUCCAUUCUCCCCAAAAGAUUUUUAUUACAUGUCUUCACUGUGAACCUGCCAUCUUUCUGAAGUUUCUAUCUCAAAGUAUCAGUCACAUGAACACUAAGAGAUCCUGCUUCCAAUUUUUGGAUCAAAUCAUUAAUGCCUUCGAUUUCCCAGUCAAAUAGGUUUCUUCUCAAAUGAUGAUUCCAUCCCUAGGUGGAGUAGCAGUCUGCUACAGUGCAGCUUUUAUUUGUACAGAUUUCAUAAAGGUCUGUAAAUUGUUCUUCUAAAGGAAUAUCGUCAAGCCACCUGUCAGUCAACAUCUUCACCUUCCUUCUAUUCCCAUCUUUCAGCUUGAGGCUAUCAAAAAAUUCAUCCCAAAGGUUCCUGAUGUACUUCUAGACAAACACACCAUACGCCUUUUUAGCACUGUUGACCAUUCCUCACUUUUAACAUAUUUAACAGUAAUAACAUCUUUUCAUAGGCCGUUACUGUUAUCAUUAAACCUCCGGUGCCACUUCAGUAACAAACUUUUACUCUGCAACUUUAAAUUCUUUUUCCCAGACCACCAGAUUUUAUGUCCCGUGUUACAAUUCCCCAUUUUACCAAACGGGCCUUCUUUUUUUCUUGGUUACCAUCCCACAAGACAUUUCUCCUUAACCUGUCUAGUUGUUUUUCCACUUUCACAGGCAUGGGAACAGGGGCGAUCCACCCCUUUAGGAUGGGGUGACAUGUCGCCUGCUAUGAUGAUAAAUUUUUUAUAUACUUAUGUUGAGAUUUUCUUAAAUUAGGUUAAAUAUCUGAUCCUGCCACCUGUAGCCGUAAACUAGACAAAGGUGCCAUGGCUGGUAGACCUUUUUGAAAGUUUUUCUCGUGUGUAAAUUCAAGUUGGAAUUUAUUUUGAACCUUGCUCGACUUUCCUGUUUCUUUGUGCUUUUGAUUUCCAUUUGUCCCAGUCAUUUCCUUUUUCAGCUACCUUCCAAUUUUUUAUUUGUCGUUUUAUUUUUUUUAUAUUUUUUUUUCUCUAUUCUAUUAUUUUUAUGUGGUCUCUCGUAAGCACACUCAAAAAAAGAGA